GGGGGAGCGCUUUGGCGGGAACACAGGGCCGCUCAGAGGCUACCGCGAUGCUCCCGUCCUUGCAGGAAUCGCUGGAUGGGGAUGAAAAGGAACUAGAAAGCAGCGAGGAGGGUGGCACCGCCGAGGAGCGGAGACUCGAGCCGCCACCCAGCAGCCACUACUGUCUCUACAGCUACUGCGGAAGCAGAUUGGCACAACAACGAGGAGGGGACAGUGAUGAUGGAAGCCCAAGUGGCACAAAUGCAGAAACUCCCUCUGGUGAUGAUUUCAGCCUCUCCUUGGCUGAUACUAAUCUACCGUCUGAACUGGAGCCAGAGCUGCGCAGUUUCAUUGCUAAGCGUCUUUCAAAGGGAGCGGUCUUUGAAGGGCUGGGUAAUGUUGCAUCUGUGGAGCUAAGAAUUCCAGGUUACCGAGUUGGUUGUUAUUACUGCCUUUUCCAACAAGAAAAAUUGCUUCCUGAAACGGCAACAGUGGACUCAGAACAUAACCCAUCAGAGUAUGUGGUCUGUUUUUUAGGAGGGUCUGAAAAAGGACUUGAACUUUUCAGGCUUGAAUUGGACAAGUAUAUUCAAGGGCUGAAAAAUAACAUGAACUGUGAGGAAAGGGGCCUGGAGAACCACAUAAAGUCCUAUCUGAGCAGCUGGUUUGAGGAUGUUGUAUGCCCAAUCCAAAGGGUUGUUCUUCUCUUUCAAGAGAAGCUUACCUUUCUGCUACAUGCCGCCUUGAGUUAUACUCCUGUUGAGGUUAAAGAAUCAGAUGAAAAAACAAAGAGAGACAUUAACAGGUUUCUGAGUGUGGCCAGUCUUCAAGGACUUAUUCACGAAGGCACCAUGACAUCUUUGUGCAUGGCCAUGACGGAAGAGCAGCAUAAAUCUGUGGUCAUUGAUUGCAGUAGCUCCCAGCCUCAGUUCUACAAUGCAGGAAGCAAUCGGUUUUGUGAGGAUUGGAUGCAGGCUUUUUUGAACGGUGCUGAAGGGGGUAACCCUUUUCUUUUCCGACAAGUACUAGAGAACUUUAAACUAAAGGCCAUACAAGACACAAACAAUUUGAAGAGAUUUAUCCGGCAGGCAGAAAUGAACCAUUAUGCUUUGUUUAAAUGUUACAUGUUCCUUAAGAACUGUGGUAGUGGAGAUAUACUUUUGAAGAUUGUUAAAGUGGAACAUGAAGAAAUGCCCGAAGCCAAAAAUGUGGUAGCUGUCCUUGAAGAAUUCAUGAAAGAAGCUCUUACCCAAAGUUUUUGAACAUAUGUUUUGAGAUAAGUGUAUCAUGAGGUUGUAUAGUCAAGCCUUAGUGUUUGAAAUUGCAGUCGUUAUAAUUGUUCAUAGGAUUGCUAUUUGAGAUUAUUUGAAACUCAUUCCAGAUUCUUUUCUUCCUUUUGGUACUUUUAAAAUUUAAAAGUCUGAGGAAUGUCUUCACUGAGUCCUAGAUUAUGUAUGUGUUAGAGGUGUGGAAGUUUAGUAUAUCACUGGUCGUAUAAAUUCUAGAGUUCAGGAAGUUGUUACUUAAAACACUUCAGAGGUAAUUUUGUUUAUGGCUUCUCUCAGGAGUUUUCUGCAGUAUUUAGCAACUUUUACUCUCAGCAAACUCAUAAUACUUCUUUCUCAAUAGAUUGUAGCUUC